GAACGGCUUGUUCGAAAAUACAACAAGGAAGUGACCAUUUAUUGUGAAGGAAAAUAAUCACCGGAGAAAACAGCUCUUCGAGUCGGGGGUCUCUUCGCUCGGUUGUUGGGUGUCGGGGGGGGGCUAAAGUCACCGUGGACUUGCCCGGGAGCCCGUUUGUGAUCGUCUCGAGGGGUUCUGCCUUUAGCCAGCGAGCCAGCUAGCUAGCGAUGAACACGGACGUGGAAUUUCACAUCAGGCAGAACUAUCCGUGGAACAAGCUCCCCGCCAACGUCAAACAGAGCUUGGGGAACUCUCAGCGCGAGUAUGAGAAGCAUGUGCUGCUGUACAGCAUCCGCAACCAGCUGCGAUUCCGCAAUAACCUAGUGCGCCACGUGAGGAAGGAUGAGCGCAAGUAUUACGAGGAGCUCCUGAAGUACAGCCGGGACCACCUGAUGCUUUACCCGUACCACCUGUCUGACAUCAUGGUCAAAGGGCUGCGAGUCACUCCGUUCUCAUAUUACAUAGGAAUCAUGGAGGAUAUUAUGAACAGCGAGAAGAGUUACGACUCCUUGCCCAACUUCACUGCUGCUGACUGUCUUCGGCUGCUUGGCAUUGGGAGAAACCAGUACAUUGACCUGAUGAACCAGUGCAGGUCCUCCAAAAAAUUUUUCCGCAGGAAAUCGGCACGGGACCUGCUACCGGCCAAACCAGUAGAGAUCUCUGUAGAGCCAUGGUGGGUUGCACAGACUGGCUACAUCACAGAGGACGAUAUCAGGAUCUGUUCCCCAGCAGAGAAGAAAGCCAUCGAUAAGAUGAUAGAUUCUGGCCCUCAGCUGGCUGGAUCGAUGGAGUACAAUGUAGUUUUAAGCUUGUACAACCGGGGCUUCAUCUAUUUGGAUGUUCCCAUAUCUGAUGACAGCUGCAUCUCAGUGCCCCCGUUGGAAGGCUUUGUUAUGAACCGUGUCCAGGGUGAUUACUUUGAAACGCUUCUCUACAAAAUCUUUGUGUCCAUUGAUGAGCAGACAAACGUAUCGGAGCUGGCGAAUGUGUUGGAGAUUGACUUGGACUUAGUAAAGAAUGCAGUGUCCAUGUACUGUCGCCUUGGCUUCGCUGUAAAGAAAGGGCAGGUGUUCAGCUCAGACCAGCUCCACCCCACCUGGAAGAACGCCCCGUCUGUCAACAGGCUCAAGAGCACCAUGGACCCUCAGAAGAUGCUGCUGUCCUGGGAGCAGGGCAGUCCUGUCAUGGAGGGAGGCUCUUCUGCCACCGACACCGACACCACCAGUCUGGAAGACCAAGCAGACACAGCCAGCGUUAGCAGCCUGAGCAUCCCAGCCGCACCGACCAAGAGGAUCGCCUUCCUCUUUGACUCCACCCUUACAGCCUUCCUCAUGAUGGGCAACCUGUCUCCGAACCUGAAGAGCCAUGCAGUGACCAUGUUUGAGGUGGGUAAGCUGUCUGAUGAGACUCUGGACACCUUCCUGGCUGAGUUGGAGAAGGUGGAGAGCACAGCAGAGGGCGAGGCCCAGCGUUACUUUGACCACGCUCUGACCCUGAAAAACACCAUCCUCUUCCUGCGCUACAACAAAGAACUCACUCAGGACCAGGGACCUGAUAUCCCAAAUAUAGGUUUCCCUUUGGACAUGUUGCGCUGUGAGAGCCUGCUGGGUCUGGACCAGGCCACCUGCAGCCGCGUCCUCAACAAGAACUACAAGCUGCUGGUGUCGAUGGCGCCGCUCAGCAACGAGAUUAGACCCAUCAGCAGCUGCACGCCUCAGCACAUUGGCCCGGCCAUCCCUGAGGUGAGCUCCAUCUGGUUCAAGCUGUACCUGUACCAUGUGACCGGCCAAGGCCCGCCAUCUCUGCUGCUUUCCAAAGGCUCCAGGCUCCGCAAACUGCCGGACAUAUUCCAGGUCUAUGACAGGUUGUUGAUAACUUCCUGGGGUCACGACCCCGGAGUCGUCCCUACGUCUAACGUGCUGACCAUGCUCAAUGAUGCCCUCACACACUCCGCUGUUCUCAUCCAGGGUCAUGGUAUGCAUGGCCAUGGAGAAACAAUCCACAUCCCGUUCCCAUUCGAUGAGGAGGAUCUGAAAGGAGAGUUCUCCUACUCCAACAUGUGUGUGCACAAAGCGCUGCAGAAGCUGAAGGAACACGUCGACCUGGAGCACCAGUGUGGUUACAUCACCAUGCUCAACUCCAACAACAGGCACCGUCGCAGGGCCAGCGACAGCGCUGAGUGCAGAGGAGACACCCAUCUAGGUGGAGGCCUGGACACUAAUGGCAGCACUGAGUCCUUUGAGCUCGUGACAGAAGAGAACAAUGGGGAAGGCAAAGGAAAAACAGACACCCUUUCGUCUGAAGAUGAGUGGGUCCCUCUUGAACUUUGCUUCGGCAUGCCUCUCUUCAGCUCCGAGCUCAACCGUAAAGUGUGUCGAAAGAUCGCCUCGCACAAACUCUGCAGCAACGAAAGCCUUCAAGAACUACUUCACUCAAGCCGAAAGCUAUCGCUGAAGGUGUUGAGCUUUGUUCAGUCAUUCCAGGACGGCGGCCAGCCCUCCGACCUGGACAGCGGCGUGUCUAACCCUCUCAGUCAGCCCCCAGCAGAGUCCGGUGUCCCCCUGCCCGCCCUCAACCUCCUCUUCAAGGACGGACAGCUGAAGGAGUGGAGCGGGCGGGCCCCUCCAGCUCUGGACAUCUCAGCCCUGCAGAAGGACCAGCCCACAUAAACACCCCCCCCCCCAAAAAAAAAACAAAAAACUUCCAGAUUUGGUCACGAGGAAAAGACGGCAUCUCCAUGUAAAGGACCACCCACUCUUGCAGCGUCACGUCUCACUGAGGAAAUGCUUACACAAGGUUCAACCCUGCAUCUUCAUAUCUGAUCACAAGGAAACACUCAGUCAUAAACUUUGCCCUCUUGUCCGUAAGUACCCAGCCAUGGGAAAAUUAGCCUUGCCUGUACUUUGUCAUUUACAUACUGUAUGAGGAACCAUCCUUGCCAACACUAGUUUGAACCCCCUCCCCGCUGUUUCCCUCUGUGAUUCCUCUUAUUCUUAGGCAGUGUUAUCUGUUGGAGUGGUGCUAUUAUCACAGUAUAUAACAGUAAUGCAGGUAAACAGCAUAUAACCUGGAAGACCAUUUAACUGGAAACCCAAGCCCUGUUCCACACUGACUACCCCCCCUCCCACCCUUCAAUCAAUGGAUGUUUUGUGAUCCUUGAGAGCGGAGCGAAAAAGUGGUUAAUAUUAUUGAUGUUCUAAAAAUGACCCACAAAAUAACCGAUGAAGUGUUGAACAGACUUCUUCAGGAAUCAUUUUACGAAAAACCAAUGACCAAGUCAUUGGACUUGUCAGAGAAAAGGAGAGAGCCUAAAAACAGGCUCCCCCGCUGCCUCCCUGUGUUUUCCCAUGUUAAGUGAUCUGAUGCAUGAUACUGUUGCACUCUUACCAUAAAAAAUAACUUCCUCAUAACUUGUAAUCAAUACUGGGCAUUUUUUUAUUUGCACUGUGCAGGAUUUCUCCACACCAGUGGUUUGAGUAAUGUAAUGUAAUUUUUUUUUUUUUUUUUUUAAAUGUUUGACCCCUUCUAGUGUGCACAUGAUUUUAGACCUCACGUUUACCACAAGGAAGUGUUACGCCUUGGAAACUCAGACAUUUUCAAAUUUGACCAAGCAUCAGAGAAACUGCUGUUUCUUUAUCCUUUGUUAUCAUUCUUUCUCAGUGCAAGAGAACACCAAAGACCAUUUUUUUUCCUGAAAAAUUAUUUUCUUUGACUCUUGUUUUACUGUCCUUCCUGUUAUUUUGUUGCCUUAUUACUGUUAGCCAAUCAGAAACUACCAGGUCUCGGAUCAAAUCAGCUGAUUUGAUUUGAUUUGAUUUGCUUUUGAUUAGUUUUUGCCUUUUUUAGAUUUUACACAUUUUUCAGAUGUUUUAUGUGCAUUUAAUCAAGUGUAUAUAACCAAUAAAAUCAACAGCAUUGGGUCAACCCUGCUCAAGAAUACAACAAGUUUAUCCCAGUGUACCUAAUUGCAUAGGACAGGAGCAGUCAGGUCUGUGUGUUUAACCCAGGACUGUUGCCACUGUUUCCUGCCAGUUUCUCUCCCUGGAUUGACUCCAGUUUGUAUGCAGUGCAGUGCAGUUCACUCUUGGCCAUCUCACCACAGUCUCCAAGGGCUUCUGUUUACAACAUGUUUUGAAAAAUGGGGUAUGUAGUCUAGAGAGGUGGAAGCAACUUUGUUCGCUGUGAAGGCUGUCACAGACCCAAGGGACGGAAAUGCUGAUGCUUUGCCCAGCUUCUCAGAGAUGUGCUGGCCCAAAAAGUGUCUGAAAUCUGUCGUGAAUAUUCAGCGUGUGUCCAAGAACAUAGAUUACUUCAUUUUGCAUUUAGAAUGGUUACCCAUUUUGUUUUUUUGUUUUUUUUGUUUUGUUUUUUUGAAGGAAUCUGUCUUCUGCAGUUUUUGACCCACUUGUGGUUUUGUGUUUCUAAUAAUGUGAUGUUGAAAUAGAAAAAAAAAAAAGACUUACCAUGAGGUCCCGUUGAAGCAUGAUGACUGUGUAGAAACUUGUGUGUAUGUUGUGUAUGCGUGUGUAUUGUACACCUCACUCCUGGUGUGUUUUCAUACACACCUACCUUACACAAUAAGAAUUCUCCCCCAAUCCUGCCUGUGUGUUAUCUGGUUGCAGUUAUUGGGUCAUCCCAGAUAUCCCCCAUCCUCUCCCAGGUAUACAUCCACUGCAGUGUUUAACAAAAUGCUAGUUUUAUAUGUCAGCCUAUAUUUUAGGAAAUCUUUGUUGUAGCUUAUUUAAUGGGACCGUGAAUAUCAUUGACUGAGUUAAUGAUGAUGUUCUUGUAGUUAAAUGGGUUUCAAAAAAAAAAAGAAGAAAGUGACAUUCCUUCAACAUGCCCUCCUCUCCCAUUUCCUGCUCCAUCGCCCCUCUGCUCCAGAUACAUGUUGUUAUUAUUACAAAUAAAUAUGUAAAAAGUAUAUGAAAAUAUAAAUAAAUAUGUAAUAAGAACAAACU